AUGUUCCAGGAUUCCUCAGACCAGAGAGACAUGAUGGCCAAGCAGCCGGCCCCGGGCUACAUCCCGGCGCAGCAGCAGCCCGACGGAGCUGCGGGACUUACAACACACGCACCGGACAACAGUGCUGCUGCUGCGUGCGCGCCGCCCCCCCCACACCACCACCACCAGGCGCCGCAGCCUCCGAGCAACGAGAGCAAAACUUUUUGUCCCACGGAAAAUAAACCAGGGGGAGACGCGGACAGCAGUAAAGCUUACGGGACGUUUAAAAACACCCCGGCGGCCGGGUCCGGGUCCGGGGCCUUCAGGGAGGAUCCCACCGGUUCUCCUCGCAGCGGGGGGUCCUCCUCCCAGUGCAACGACCCCCUGCGGGCCCCCGCGGAGCAGAACAACACCGCGGGCUCCUGGACGGCCAUGAGCCAGACCACCAUCAUCCUGGGGACAGAUGGGAACACGUCGGUGCAGCCCGGCGCCGUGGCGGGGGCUGUCGAUGGAGAAGAGGAUGAUGAUGAAGGUGGAGAUGAGAAUAAGGCCAGAGGAAACUGGACCAAUAAAAUGGAUUUUAUUCUGUCCAUGGUUGGGUAUGCGGUGGGACUGGGGAACGUGUGGAGGUUCCCUUACCUCGCCUUUCAAAACGGUGGAGGAGCUUUUCUCAUCCCCUACCUGACCAUGUUGGGCAUCGCCGGGAUCCCAAUCUUUUUACUUGAGGUGUCCCUGGGCCAGUUCGCCAGCCAGGGCCCCGUGUCCGUGUGGAAGUGCGUCCCGGCCCUACAAGGUUGCGGGAUUGCCAUGUUGAUAAUAUCUGUCUUGAUAGCCAUAUACUAUAAUAUUAUAAUGUGCUGGACACUGUACUACCUGUUCGCUUCGUUGAAGGGCUCACUGCCAUGGGCUCACUGUAGGAAUGAGUGGAACACGUUGGAUUGUAAGGACAAAGACAUGCUGCUGUUAGACUCGUGCAUCCUGCGGGACAGAAACAUCUCGUCCAUCAAGAACUCCUCCUUCUGUCUGUCCGCAAACACAAUGGGAAACCUGACCAAGCUGUUGAACAUGACAGUGGACGCUAACAAGACCGAUGUCAGCCCCAGUGAGGAGUACUUCAAGUACAAUGUGUUGCACAUCUCUAAAGGGAUUGAAUUCCCAGGAGACAUCCGCUGGCCUCUGGCAGGAUGUCUCUGCCUGGCCUGGCUCAUCGUCUACGCCUCUUUAGCCAAAGGAAUCAAGUCAUCAGGGAAGGUGGUUUAUUUCACCGCCACCUUUCCCUACGUGGUCCUGGUCAUCCUGCUCAUCAGAGGAGUGACGCUGCCCGGUGCAGGCGACGGCAUCCUCUACUUCAUCACCCCCAAGUGGGAGAAGCUGAUGGACGCCAAGGUGUGGAAAGACGCCGCCACUCAGAUCUUCUUCUCCCUGUCGGCCGCCUGGGGAGGCCUCAUCACUCUCUCCUCCUACAACAAGUUCCACAACAACUGCUACAGGGACACCAUCAUUGUGACGUGCACGAACAGUGCCACCAGUAUAUUUGCCGGGUUUGUCAUCUUCUCAGUCAUUGGUUUCAUGGCGCAUGAGUUGAAGGUGCCGAUAGAGAAGGUGGCUGACGAAGGUCCUGGCAUAGCGUUCGUGGUGUAUCCAGAGGCUCUGACCAGACUUCCCCUGUCUCCGUUUUGGGCGAUCAUCUUCUUCCUCAUGCUGCUGACUCUUGGCCUGGAUACCAUGUUUGCCACCAUCGAGACCAUCGUCACCUCGGUGUCGGACGAGUUCCCCAAAACCCUGAGGAAAAACAAACCGCUGUUCACGCUGAUCUGCUGCGCCUGCUUCUUCGUCCUGGGAUUCCCGAUGAUCAACGAGAGCGGGAUGUACAUGCUGCAGCUGGUGGACACGUUCGCGGCCUCCUACUCUCUGGUCAUCAUCGCUAUCUUCGAGCUGGUGGGGAUCUCCUACUUAUAUGGUCUGCAGAGGUUCUGUGAGGACAUUGAAAUGAUGAUUGGUUUCCAGCCAAACCGAUUCUGGAGAAUCUGCUGGGCCUUCGUGACUCCGACCAUUCUGACGGGCAUCCUGUUCCUGAGUCUGUACCAGUGGAAGGUGAUGACGUAUGAGGAGUACACCUACCCCACCUGGUCCAUGGUCAUGGGCUGGCUCAUGGUGAUCUGCUCCGUCAUCUGGAUCCCCAUCAUGUUCUUCAUCAAGAUGUACCUCGCCCCCGGCUCCUUCAAAGAGCGCCUGAAGCUGGUCUGCUCCCCUCAGCCCGACUGGGGUCCGUUCCUGAUGAAGCACCGUGGAGAACGUUACAAGAACAUGACCGACCCCCUGGGAACCAACUCCCUGGGCCUCAAGCUGCCCCCGAAGGACUUCCAGCUCGGCACCUACCAGUAGCUGCUGCUCCGCCGGCACCACAACCCACCACCUCCAACUCCUCCUCCUCCUUCCUCUUCCUCUCU